AUGGCCCCGGGGCCAGCUCCCCCGGAGGGGACGUUCCGGCUGGGCACGGCCCUCCAGAACGCCGAGCCCCCCCCCGCCUCUGACCCCACACAAUCCAGCGCCGGAGCGGGGGCCGUACGGGCGGCGGGGCCGGAGGGGCGGGGCGGGCGGCGGUGCCGGGCUCUGCCCGCUCCGUACUGCACCGUGGCCCCGCAGCAGGAGCGGCAGCCGCCGCCCGACAUGAAGAGUUACCUGUGGUCGCGGUACAAGGAGGCCAAGAGAGUCACCAAGGAGUUGGUUCCUUCAAUUAUGAGUAACAUGCUGAAUCCGGAUGCUAUUUUUUCAAACAAUGAAAUGAGCCUGUCAGACAUCGAAAUUUAUGGUUUUGAUUACGACUACACAUUGGUCUUUUAUUCUAAACAUCUGCACACGCUGAUCUUCAAUGCUGCUCGAGAUCUUCUUAUUAAUGAGCAUCGGUAUCCUGCAGAAAUAAGGAAAUAUGAUUAUGAUCCCAAUUUUGCAAUCAGAGGACUUCAUUAUGAUGUGCACCGGGCAUUAUUAAUGAAGAUUGAUGCUUUUCAUUAUAUUCAGCUGGGAACAGUUUACAGAGGCCUCAGUGUUGUCCCGGAUGAAGAAGUUAUUGCAAUGUAUGAUGGUUCCCAUGUCCCUUUAGAACAAAUGAGUGACUUUUAUGGAAAGAGCUCACAAGGAAAUACAAUGAAGCAAUUCAUGGAUAUAUUUUCCUUGCCAGAAAUGACACUCCUUUCUUGUGUGAAUGAAUAUUUUCUGAAAAACAACAUAGACUAUGAACCGGUUCAUCUGUACAAAGAUGUCAAGGAUUCAAUCAGGGAUGUCCACAUCAAAGGAAUAAUGUACAGAGCAAUUGAAGCAGAUAUUGAGAAAUACAUCUGCUAUGCGGAACAAACUCGUGCGGUGUUAGCAAAGUUGGCUGAUCACGGCAAGAAGAUGUUUCUCAUCACAAACAGUCCCAGCAGCUUCGUGGACAAAGGCAUGAAGUUCAUAGUCGGCAAGGACUGGAGGGAUCUCUUUGAUGUGGUCAUUGUGCAGGCUGAUAAGCCAAACUUUUUCAACGAUAAGCGAAGACCAUUUCGGAAGGUGAAUGAAAGGGGAGUGUUGCUUUGGGACAAAAUUCACAAGCUGCAGAAAGGUCAGAUUUACAAGCAGGGUAACUUGUAUGAAUUUCUGAAGCUUACUGGCUGGAGGGGCUCUAAGGUUCUCUACUUUGGUGAUCACAUUUACAGCGACUUGGCAGAUUUGACCCUGAAGCACGGCUGGCGCACUGGUGCGAUUAUUCCAGAGUUACGAUCAGAGAUUAAAAUCAUGAACACAGAGAAGUACAUUCAAACCAUGACCUGGUUGCAAACCUUGACAGGAUUACUGGAACACAUGCAGGUUCACCGUGAUCCUGAUUCACAAAUGAUUUUAGAAGAAUGGAAGAAGGAAAGAAAGGCAUUGAGGGAGAUGAACAGGAAUUUCUUCAACGCACAAUUUGGAAGCUUAUUCAGAACUGAUGAGAAUCCAACUUAUUUCCUAAGACGUCUCUCUAGAUUUGCGGAUAUCUACAUGGCAUCAUUGAGUUGUCUCUUGAACUAUGAGCCGGAUUACACGUUUUAUCCAAGAAGGACUCCUUUGCAGCAUGAACUUCCUGGCUGGUCAGACCAGCUGUGCACUGGUACAUUCAGACUACCUUUCCUACAAGAGACAGUUCAGAUCAAAUAAACACUUGGCGCCUUCUCUCUAAAAUGGGCAAAUAUAUAUAUAUAUUUUUUUUUUUUUUGAAUGUACAUGUAUUUUAUUUAAGUCACUUAAAUCUGUUAUCUUGAUUUAGAUGUAAUUCAUGCUUGUUCUCAGAAGUGUUGUACCUAUUUUCUUCUCUCCUGCUCGGAGAUAUUUAAACUCCUCUUACGCAUAGAAGAGAUCAUUGACUGCCAAAAUAGUGGACUAGGAGGGAGGGCAAAUUUGAGGGGAUGGACUGGUGGUUGUUUUUUAUUCAUUGGAAAUUUUGAUCUGCAGCCUUGUCGUUUACAGAGAGAUACUCUGUUCUGGCCCUGAUCAGAACUCCAGCUGGAGCCUGUAAUGGCUCUUGGCACCAAAAGGCUUAAAUCCAGUAUUAGUAAUUCAGUGAUAGGCAGUGGCCAGUCUACCCUGAGACUGAGGGGGAUGGUGUAUGCCUUUUAACUUCCCUCACUGCCAUUGCCAGAGCCUCACCUGCUGCAGCGUUGGUGUGGCUCCGCUGCAUUGCAGCGAUUACAGCUCCAGCUCGGGCUGACGGGCUUUUUCUCCUGCCUGUGCAGUUUCUGUUCUUGUCGUGUCUGUGCUUGGCUGUAGGUGGAUCUGAACCGAAAACUGAAAGUGGCAGUAACUUGGGCUGCUUCGGCUUCCUUUUGUUAACUUUUAGGCACCUUUCAAGCUUCAAAACGCUUUAAACAUCCACUCUCUGAUAAUAAAGCCAUUUCAAGACCUCUUGCAUUUUGCAUUUCAAAGCGGAGACAGAUCUCCGUCAGGCUUGAGAUUUGAUCCUAAAUGCUGCUUUUGACAUUUUUAACAGUGUCUUAUAGUGGUUUGCAAUGUGGUUUUGCUGUUCCCUGGGAGAGAAUGUAUUUCAUAUGGCCUUCAGUAAUGGACUUCUACAGUCAAAAUUAAACACGCACAAUGGGGAAAUGAGUUGAAAGAAAAAUUAAGAAAUGAGAAAACGAAACCCAGAGUUUUCUGAUAACUUUUUUUUUUUUUUUUUUAGUUCAAGCCCUCAAAGCUGAGUUGGGGGUGGAGAAUAGUUUGCAAAUAUAAUUUUGACGGUGCAAAUUAGAAGUUUUAUUGAAUUGCUGAAAUUGCAGGUAAUGCACAAACACAAACUCUGGGUAGCAUAUGUGUUCCAAAGAUUUGAGCUGAAAUAUGUCUAUUUUGCACAAGGAAAACAUCUCUUGAUGUGUUUCCUCAAACAGGCACUUUAUAGAACUACUAUAUGGUUGGUUUUAAAUAAGGAUGCUUUCCUCUCUCUGCAUCCAAAGGAAAUGUUUUUUUUUUUUUUUUUUUUAACUGGUGCUUCCCACCCCAGCCGUUUUAGAAGGCAUCAUAUGAGGAAUGUUUUUCAAAUUUUAGUUAUUAAAGGCUCUGUUUUUAAAAGCAUAUAAUGAAGGAAGUAUAUAGCAUUUGAUAUUCUUCAUUUUGGGAUAUCACUUGCUUCCUACCACGACUGUUGGGUCAGCAAACUUUUGGUGACCAAAAGUUUUCUUGUUUGUUUUUUUUUUUUAAAAAAAAAAAACCUGUCUGUAUUACGUGCAAGUACCUAUAUUGAAUUUCAUAUGCAGUAUCUUUCCUAUUUUUAAAAACAAGUUUGCAAAGUAAAGAAUGUAUUCUGAUCUAGCCUGCACAAUUUCAUAAGCAGUUUUCCUUUAUGCUUGAAAUCAGUCUGAAGUCCUCAGAGGCAGUUAUAGAUUUUAUGUUCGUGGUUUUCUUGUGCUCCUGUUUCAAACUUGAAGUGCAACACUCUGAAAGUGUGUGUAUUUAAACAGAUGAAUGUACUCGAAAUGAGUAAGUUCAUCUGACAGUUCUGCUAUUUUGCUGGAAGAAAAAGAUAAAGUUUGGCAGGAAGUUAGUUUGGCUUUAUCAGGAGACUUGUUGGUGGGGCUGCGCAAGAAAUAUUUAACUUAAAUUGAUAAUGAAAUGUGGGGAUGGAAAUAAUCCCCAAUUUGCCUUCAGUUCUUUAUCCUAAAGCUCAGCUAGAACCGAACUGGGUGUUACGUGUGUGUAGCACCUCUCAUGCUCCAGAAAUUUCAAUGCACUGUUUAAAAGAAGACCCCAAACCACUGCACAUUCUCCAUCUCACUACCAGCAAAUAAUAGUAUUGUGUUUUUCAGUUCUGCAUUAUUGAAUUUGAUAAUGUUUUGUUGGUUAUAGUUUUGUGAUGUUUCUUUUAAAGCUGGCUAGGAGUCAGCUUGCCUAAUCUUCCUGUGUGAAGCAGGAACAGUCUAAAUGGGUUGGAUGAUGUUAUCCACAAAAUACACAUUUUGCUUUAAGAUGAUUUCCUCCUCCUCCUUCCUUCGUCUUAACUUACAAGUAAAACUUCUGUAUAAAGCUACGUUACAAAAGCCAGUUGAAGUAAAAUCCUCUUUAUAUUGCAUGACUUCUUGAAAUAAGCAACACUGCAUGGAAAAAAAAAAUCAUUAUGGGAGGGUUAUGUUCCUUUAAAACAACCCAACUAUAUAUAAUACGAUUUUAAGUGAGAAUUUUAAACUGUACUAUUUAUUUUUCAAUGCUAGAAUGCUAUUCUUUAACUUUUAAAAAUGUCUUGCAUUUUUGUAAUGACUUCAGAGACCUUGAGUUGUACACCUCAGCGCUCUCUGCAUUACUUAUUUUAACCUUGUUACGCUACUGACUUCAGAGAUUUUUGAGCGUGUUUAAAUGGCAGUGUCUCUUUGUAUUCAUUUUGGGAGUAUUGUUCAUUUGAACACCAAAGAAAGAAGAAGCUUUAUGUUCUGUUAAAAACUCUGAAGAGAAUUGUCUCUGUCAGUAAAAGAAGAGUUUAAUGAACUGUGGAAACCUUUUUUGUGAUAAAAAUAUUUAAUGAUUAUUACAAAAAUAAAUGCUUGGACUUUA